AUGGCUUCCUUUGUACACUUGACAGAUGAUGAGUAUGAUGAAGUAUUGAUUGAUGAUGGGCCUAAUAAUGAUGAUGGUACCGAAGAACCUAAGGAAGAUGAUGGUGUCGAGGAACCAAUAGUUGGGAUGACUUUUUCUAGUGAGGAAGAAGUCCGGUCUUAUUAUAUGAGAUAUGCUAAACAAAAAGGGUUCGGGGUCCGUAGAAGGAAUUCUAGACAAAGCGAAGAUGGGCGGGUUAGAUGGUUUACAUUGGUAUGUGCGUGGCAAGGCACAGCAAAGAGUCAGGCUUCCAGUAUACUCAAGCCAAGACAAACAGAGAGGGUAGGGUGUAAAGCAAGAAUUAAUGCAGUUUUGAAUGAAGAUGGCGGAUACACCUUGUCUAGUGUAAUCUUGGAUCACACACAUUACUACAGUCCAGGGAAAGCAAGACACUUUAGAUGCUUCAAGAAGGUAGAUGCUUGUGGGGCUAAGAGGCUUGAAAUAAAUGAUGAAGCUGGAAUACACGCCCGAAGUAGAGUUGCGUAUCAAUCAUUCGGGGAUGUAUUCACUUUUGAUACCACAUACUUGACCAACGCUUAUAAAAUGUCAUUUGCGCCAUUUGUGGGCGUGAACCAUCAUGAUCAGUCAAUCCUAUUCGAGUGUAGAUUGAUUUCCAAUGAGGAUGCAAAUAAUUUUGAGUGGUUGUUUGAGUCAUGGUUGAAGUGUAUGAAUGACCAACCACCAAAUGCAAUCAUUACAGACCAAGAUAAGGCAAUGAAACUUGCAAUUGCCAGGAUGUUUCCAUUGUCUAGGCAUCGCUUCUAUUUGUGGCAUAUCAUGAAGAAGCUUCCAAAAAAAUUUGGGUCACAUUCUCGAUAUGACGAGAUCAAAGAUAGUCUACACAAAUGUGUAUAUGACUCAUUAAGUAAGAAUGAGCUUGAAGAACGAUGGAGCUCUUUGCUUGAAACAAAUGAUCUUCGCGAGAAUGCUUGGUUGGGAUCGCUUUAUGCUGAUAGGCAGUAUUGGGUGCCGGCGUACGUUAAAAAUACAUUUUGGGCCGGAAUGUGA